UUUUCAGGGGGCCCAGAAUUCCUGGCGACGCCCCUGUGUAGAGGUACAAACUGUACGUUUUAUUUAAGAAUAAGUUUGUUAAACUAUACCAGCUUUGUGGAUCACAUCCGACUAUUUGUUUUCAGAGUGCGUAGAAGUACUCUGAGUCCCAUAAUGGGUACUUGAACGCAACAUUAUAGAUUUAAUGGCAGUGACGCCCCAAAACUCCACGAGUUGGUUGGCUUCUCUGGACACUCCUGCAGCUCGUGCGUAACCCCCCCUCAACCCCCUCCAUGGUGGUUUCAAGCGCAUUUUACUGACUGUCCUGACUUCGACACUAUCAGAAGGGGAAAGGUAACCGUAAUGAGUCCUGGCUGGCAGUCUGAUCACAACACAAUAACUUUUCAAUCAUGGACAGCUCUGACAAAACUCAAAUGAAUCAUACAGCAGGAAUGAAGGAAGAUAUGAAAGCUGUUGAAGCGGCUUCUUCUAUCCAGAGCUCCAGUGAAGGCUGCUGUUCCUGCCUGAAGCGCAUGAAGAGCUUAAUCCCACCGGUGUACCGGAAUGAGCUCGUGCAACUUUUCAGACUAGCGGGACCAGUGGUCAUUUCCCAGUUGAUGGUUUUUAUGAUAAGUUUUGUCAGCACUGUGUUCUGUGGUCACCUGGGAAAAACAGAGCUUGCAGGAGUAGCGCUAUCGAUUGCGGUGGUGAAUGUGACGGGUAUUUCUAUUGGCACUGGUUUGUCGUUGACUUGUGAUACCCUAAUAUCUCAGACAUAUGGGAGCGGUAACUUGAAGCGUGUGGGAGUGAUUCUCCAGAGAGGGAUUCUGAUUCUGUUAUUGGCCUGUUUCCCCUGCUGGGCCAUUCUCAUCAACACUGAACCUCUCCUACUUGCUGCCAAGCAGAGUCCAGAAGUAGCCAGUCUCGCCCAGCUUUACGUGAAGAUCUUCAUGCCUGCACUUCCAGCAUCUUUUAUGUACCAGCUGCAGGGGAGAUAUCUUCAAAACCAGGGAAUAAUCUGGCCUCAAGUCAUAACUGGAGCGAUUGGAAAUAUCAUCAACGCAAUCAUCAACUACGUCUUUCUCUACUGUCUAGACAUGGGCGUUGCUGGAUCUGCAGCAGCUAAUGCCAUCUCUCAGUACUUGUUGGCUGUGGUUUUGUAUGUUUACAUCUGCUGGAGGGGUCUCCACAAGGCCACAUGGGGAGGUUGGUCAAUGGACUGUCUGCAGGAGUGGGGACCCUUCGUCCAGCUCGCCAUCCCAAGUAUGCUCAUGCUGUGUCUGGAGUGGUGGUUGUUUGAAAUGGGAGGGUUCCUCGCCGGAGUGAUUAGUGAGGCUGAGCUCGGAGCCCAGUCCAUCGUGUAUGAGCUGGCUGUUGUAGCUUACAUGUUCCCAUUAGGGUUCUCUGCUGCUGCCAGUGUUCGGGUGGGGAAUGCUCUUGGUGCAGGAAAUGUAGAGCAGGCCAAGCUGUCUUCCAAAGUCCCCAUCCUAUGUACCUUCAUUAUCGCAUGUUUCAUUGGAGCUGGUCUCAGCAUCGUUAGAAAUGUCAUCGGAUACAUCUUCACGUCAGAGGAAGACAUUUUACAAAGAGUUGCUGACGUCAUGAUAAUAUUUUGUUUCAUGCAUGUUUUUGAUGCAGUUGCGGGUGUGACUGGAGGUGUUCUCAGAGGAGCGGGGAAACAGUUGAUUGGUGCUCUGUGUAAUCUUGUAGGAUUCUACUUCAUUGGGUUCCCUAUCGGUGUGUCCCUAAUGUUUGCAGCAAACAUGGGCAUUGUAGGCCUAUGGACAGGACUUGUUGUUUGCGUGUUCAUGCAGUCCCUUUUCUUUGUCAUACUGGUGUUCAAACUUGAUUGGAAAAAGGCUGCUGAAGAGGCUCGUUUGAGAGCAGGUGUGCAGAUCAAAGAUGAAAAAGAGAUGACAGGGAUGGAAAAUACAGAUUCAAAUCACAAUCAGGCGGAGGUCAUUGCUACCGAAUCCAUCUAUGAGAAUGCCGAGGACGACAUCAGGCACUCUGAGGUGCAAAUUCAAGAGCCGACUAAAUCCUCAACCACUACAGUGGGAAAUGUUCUGUCAUUAUCACAACUAGUCUUACGGCGUGGCCUUGUAUUGCUCAUAAUGGUUGCAAUCCUCAUAAUUGGGGUCUUUGCCAGUGAAUUCCUCAUCAAGCUGUUGAAAUGAGACCUUGAGUUAUUUAAAACCAGCAGUCAGAUUGGUUAUCUGUCUUUUGAGUUACAUAUAUCUGCCUUUUAGUGAUGCUGUAUAGAAAUAAUUUUGGAGCAAGACCUCACCUCAACCUCGCACACUUAUAAAUUCAAAUCAUCCCCUAUCUUCCCCUUUUGUUUUCACACUCCACACCCCUCCCUCCCUCAAUUUUUCUUUCUGUUACUUUCUUACCUCCUCCACGUUGGGCCCUAAAGGGAGGCUCUGCCUUCAAACCAACAAUAGCAAGUUCAACGUCAAAUUUAAAAUCACUAUUCCAAUUCAAUCAGUAAGUAAGUGUCAAAUUGCAUAUUGUUGAUGGUGAGGUCCUUGCUAGUGAAACCAUACUUUCAUGUUCACAAUGAAUUACCUUAUAGUGUGACGGGGACACCAGUGCUGUAGAUCCCACAGAAGAUCAUUGCCUUGGUGCUACAGCUUUAUGCUACAUCUAGCCAAAAACCUUGACAUGCGUUAAUAACUGAACAGUCACUCUGAUAGAGGGCUGGGUGUAAGGGUGAAAUAUCUUGAAGGCCAAAGAAAUCCAGACAUUUUCCAACAUGUCAGAGGACUAAAAGAGGCCACAUGAUGUAUUGAGUCAAUAAGAGGACUUUAAUGGGAUAACUACCUGUAUGUUUUCUUUCUGUCAAUUUGAGGUGUUUUGGGAGGUGUUUGCCUAAAUAACAGCCAGAACCAAUUUGAUGAAAGUUCACUAACUUAAAGUCACCAUGACUUUGUUGUAGUCUACUUGUGAUCCCUACACAACCAAAGUAAAAAAAUGGAUUAAGAAUGUGUUAUGGAAUGUUAUAUUUGUGUCUGUUUGAGUUCACACUUUUUGCAGUAGUUCAUGUAGAGUUCAAAAACAAAAUGUGUCAAUCUCUAAGUAAUACAUUAAAAUGUUUACAUACUGUGGUUUAGGCAAUAAGAUACAACAUUCAGAAACAUGUCGUGAUUGUAUAUUGUAAGUUAGAUAUACAGUACAUUAAAAUCCCAUUACACGUGUUGGAUCAGCUGAAAGUCUAUGUACCAUUAUGCCACAUGAGCACCGAAUAAAGACCAACUUAUUAGAACUCUGGUA